CACACAUCGUCCAGGACGACACAUAUCAGAUUGGAUGCUGGCAGUCCACUUUUCUGUCCCGAUUUCACGCCGAUUUGACUGACAGCCGCAUCGCAGCAGGUGGCGGCUCCGCUGCGAGCGUCACGGACUCCGCGCGCAGAGGCUCCCGGGAGGAGGUUUCAUCCCCGCGGACCGAGCGCGGCUCUGCUCCUCGGACAACAGGCGGAACACAAACUCGCGCUUUAAAGGACCAUUCGACUGCCGUACGACUACUCAACACAUUUAUAUUUAGACCCCCCCUCUUUUGAGAGUGAACGGGUGGGGGCAGGUGGGAGCGGAUUUCAUUAGCGAGCUGCCGCAGUUUAAUUUUAAUACACGCACUUGGUGAUACUUUUUGUCUUUGUUUUAUUUUUUUCUACGUGGAUGCACUUUGGGUCACCGAUGGAUUUCCUAAUCAAUUCAAAUGUUUCUCUUGGAUACUUUAACUCGACGAUAUCAGACGGCGCCCUCUACCGCAGUGCCAUCCUACCCGGCAUCUUCGGCAUCAUCUGCUUCCUGGGUAUCAUGGAGAACUGCAUUGUCAUCUACACUAUCAUGAAGAAGACCCACUGCCGCUCCAAACAGACCGUUCCGGAAAUCUUUAUCUUGAACCUGUCCAUUGUGGAUCUCCUGUUCCUCCUCGGGAUGCCGUUCCUCAUCCACCAGCUGCUGGGCAACGGCACCUGGCACUUCGGAGCCGCCAUGUGCACGGUCAUUACGGCUCUUGACUCCAACAGCCAGAUUGUCAGCACUUACAUCCUCACCGCGAUGACCCUCGACCGCUACCUGGCUACGGUCCAUCCCAUCCGCUUCAACUACAUCCGCACGCCCUGCGUGGCGACGCUGGUCAUCGGCCUGGUCUGGGGCCUGUCGCUGCUCACCAUCAUCCCCGUGUGGAUGUUCGCAGGCCUGAUGCCUCUGCCGGACGGCCUGGUGGCGUGCGCUCUCCUUCUACCCGACCCGGUCACUAACAUAUACUGGUUCACGCUCUACCAGUUCUUCUUGGCGUUCGCCGUACCUUUGGUCAUCAUCUGCCUGGUGUUCUUCAAGAUCCUCCAACACAUGUCCACGAGCGUGGCUCCGCUGCCGCCACGCAGCCUGAGGGUGCGCACCAGGAAGGUGACCCGGAUGGCGGUGGCCAUCUGCCUGGCCUUCUUCAUCUGCUGGGCCCCUUACUACAUCCUUCAGCUGGUCCACCUCGGCGUGCAGAAGCCAAGCGUAGCUUUCUCCUACGCCUACAACAUCGCCAUCAGCAUGGGUUACGCCAACAGCUGCAUCAACCCGUUCCUCUACAUCGUGCUCAGCGAGACCUUCAAGAGGCUGUUCCUCAGGGCCGUGCGCCCGGUCAAUAGAAAGUUCCGCGUGAACCCGAGCACCACAGACGGGGGGAGCGUGAGCGUGAGAAUGCUGCCCGAAGGGGCUCGGCAGGAGCCGGCACCCGCGGAGAUGAUGCCGUCCAACAUGGCGCCACAGUGAAUCGGGGUCAUUUGAACGAGUUCCUCAACACGGGCUGAUGCGUUGUUUCAUCUUUUCAUCAUCGUGCGAGG